CUGUUACUCCAUUAACCGGCCGGGCCGAACGUUUAAUUAAUCUAAUCUAAUGACAAAGUGAUAAGUCGCGAAAAUGAAGUGUUUGUGCCUUCUGCUGGCCUCAGCCGCCCUCGUCCACGGCUACUCGAUUAGGGACAAUGAAAUCGAAACAUCGCGUUUGCAAAAUAGUGAUGAUCUCUUAAACAGUGUUGUGAGUGAUUGUUUUCAAGCCGACUCCCCGAUGUCAUGCCUCAAAGUGAAAGUCCUGUCCUUCCUGGAUACGAAGCUCGGUGUUACGUCGGAGUCAGCCAGAGCCCUGGACGAGAAGAACAUUGAUAAAGUUAUCUUCGACCGUGUUGGGAGGGUGCUUAACGAAAAUGAGUUCAAGGUCCAACUUCCGGAAUUCCUCUUCCAGAGCGCUGAAGUAUCCUACCGCGCUGACAGGGGCCUUGAUGUUGACUUCCCUGAGACUUCUGACAACGGUGAAGCCCGAGGCAUCCUGAAGAAGAAACUGCUUCUGCCCGUACUUCUCCUACUGAAACUGAAGUUAAAAGCACUCAUGCCAAUCUUGGUGACGAUUGUUGGUAUUAAAGCAGUUAAGGCACUCAUUCUCAGCAAGCUGGCCAUCACUUUAGUCCUUGGAUUCUUGAUUUACAAUCUCUUGAUGAAGAAAGGAGCUAUGCCAAUGAUGAUGGCCGCACCCACAGAAGCUCCCGCCCCGCAAUACGGCCCUCCAGCUUCUCAAUACGGCCCACCAUCCACUUCAGCCCCAAUUUCUGCCCCAUCCGAUACAUACGGACCGCAAUGGGAGCCAUCGUCAUCUGGCCCCUACUCCAGGGUAUGGGACCCUAGCUCUCUAGCGUACAGCUCUUACUACCCUAGCGACAGCUCCUCCAACCAAUCACCAAGCUAUUCUAGCGUAUCAUCAAUUUCAGCAUCAUCAUCGUCAUCUUCAUCACCCACCAAUUAAUCUACCUCAUGUAAAUAACACAAAUCGAUACGGAUAGAGUUUAGGUUUAUUUAUUAAAAAUAUUUAUUAUUAUUUAUUAAACACAAUAAAUUGACUGUUGGACUAUU